AUGAACGGCAAGGUCGGCGUCGUCGUCUCCGCGAGCGCUUCGACGGGACGCUUCGGCGUGCGCGUGGCGGGCGAGGCCAAGGCACUCGCACUGAGGCGCGCAAUGCAAUGGCCGGCCAACCUGCAGCCAGCGGCCGAGGCGGGGGAGGUGGGCAGGCUCAUCCUCAAGGCGGCGGAGUGGUCGCCGCAGUCGCACGAGCUCUUCCCGGAGCCGGCUCGCAAGUGGGCGGUCGAGGUGAUGCGGCUGGGCUACCUGAUCGCGUGGGACGAGGAGCGCUUCGAGGGCCGCGAGGGAGCGGCUCCAGAGCUGGCGGACGUCUGGCGCGGCUUUGUGCUGCCAAGGGUGUUAGUGGGCGCCCGCCCGCCGCCUCCGAGGAGGUCGGCCCGCCUAGUCUGA